GGCACUGUAAACUGGUAAUAAAUGGCUUCCACUCCAUUAUUGCCACAGUCGUUCCAAGUCAAAACUCCUCACUUUCCUUUUCUUUUAUACUAUAGUACAUAAUAAUACUCUCCGAUCUUCUAGUUGAUCAAAGAAUUAAGAAGAAAUUAAGGGCAAAUAGAAAUGGGUGAGAAGGGGUUGCAAACGCCGGCGAAGAAACUGUUUUUAUGGGUUCGAAAGCAGUCGAAAAAGGUCAAGACUGUCUUAGGUUUUGUCACAAGUCUCACUUUGCUGGUUACUCUCAAAUUACUCAUCCGUGAUCACAAUCACUUCUUCGUUUUGGCUGAGUCUGUUCAUUUAAUCGGACUCUUAUGUUUGAUUUACAAGUUGUCGACUCUCAAAACUUGCUCAGGCCUCUCAUUGAAGACUCAAGUGCUUACGGCGAUAUUUCUAGCUGUGAGAGUAUUUUGUAGUUUCAUCAUGGAAGGAGAUAUACACACCAUUCUAGAUUUUGUUACACUUGUGGCAACAUUGUGGGUAAUAUAUAUGAUGAAGUUCAAGUUGAAGUCAUCCUAUAUGGCAGAUCUCGAUACCAUGCACUAUUGGUAUUUGAUUGUGCCUUGCGUCGUUGCAGCAAUUUUUAUCCAUCCUACUACAGCUCAUUUUUUCUUCUUCCGAAUGCUUUGGGCUUUUUGUGUAUACCUGGAAUCUAUCUCGGUGUUGCCUCAGCUUCGGUUGAUGCAGAAUGUUCAGAUAAUUGAGCCAUUUACAGCUCAUUAUGUGUUUGCAUUGGGUGUUGCAAGAUUCUUGGGUUGUGCUCAUUGGAUUAUUCAGGUCUAUGACACUCGUGGAGCAUAUUUAUAUUUGGCUGGACGGGGUUACUUCUGGAUACCUAUGGUAUUUUUGGCAGAAAUCGUCCAAACGUUUAUCUUGGCCGAUUUCUGCUAUUAUUACAUAAAGAGUGUCAUGAGCGGUCAACUUUUAGUCCGCCUGCCUCAGCCAGUAUAGAAGUUCGAAUUACCUAGAUUCUUUAACAUAUGUUGACAACUCUUAUGUUAUGGUGUGGAUAUGGAGCUUCUUCUACCUCUUUUCUUGUCCCACUCUUGCCAAUGCAAGUGGAUAAAUAAAUAAAUAAAUCUGCUAGAUGCAUGGCCAUGUCUUGGUUCUUGAUGUC